AGCCGAGCGCUGUCCGCACUGCGCGCUCCGCUCGCUUGGAGGCGCUGCUGCUACUGCUGCUGCCGAUGUGACGGUGCGAGCGAGUAGGCCCCUUGCUCGCGUUUCUCUCUCUCUGUGUGUGCUUACCUCUCUUGUUGAUUUGGGGGAUUUUUGGUCGUUCCGCGGUGGCGCCGCUGCCGACACGGAGCGCCACGGAGCUCUAGGAGAGCUCCCCUAUCAGCCAAGGGCGACCUCCAGCCCGCAUGCCCAGGCAGCGGGCCCGGGAGCCGCCGUGUUUAUUGCUGGACGCGAGCUGAGGUACACAGGCCGGCCGAGCUGCGCGGUGCGGGCUGCUGCACGCCAUCGACGUUGUUAUUGUCACGCAGCGCGGAUGUCACGCGGAGCCGCGACACGGCUGGCCGGCGGCGGUGCGGGGAUGGCCGGGCUUUACCAGAGCCGGGACGAGCCGGGCUCCGACAAGUUUCUAAACCUCAAGGACAUGCGCGAGGUCAAGGAGGACACCACCAUCGACGAGAAGAUCUUCCUGCUCGCCUGCGAGAAAGGCGACUACUACAUGGUGCGGCGGCUGCUGGAGGAGCGGGGCCGCUCGGGCCUCAACGUGGACUGCCUGGACGUACUGGGCCGCAGCGCCGUGAACAUCUCCAUCGAGAACGAGAACCUGGACGUGCUCGUGCUGCUACUGCAGCACUCGUGCCAGGCCAACGACGCCCUGCUCGUGGCCAUCGACGCCGGUGUGGUGGGGGCCGUGGACAUUCUGCUCAACCACCGGCCGCGCCGCGCCUCCAAGCCGACCAUCGAGAAGCUCAUGCAGAAGAUGCAGAACCCCGAGUACUCGACCAGCAUGGACGUGGCGCCCGUCAUCCUGGCCGCGCACCGCGACAACUACGAGAUCCUCACCGUGCUGCUCAAGCAGGACAUCUCGCUGCCGAGGCCGCACGCCGUCGGCUGCGAGUGCUGCAUCUGCCAGGCCAAGAACCGCAAGGACAGCCUGCGACACUCCCGGUUCCGUCUGGACAUUUACCGAGCGCUUGCCAGCCCCGCGCUCAUCAUGCUCACCGAGGAGGACCCCGUUCUGCGCGCCUUCGAGCUCAGCGUGGACCUCAAGGAGCUCAGCCUCGUCGAGGUCGAGUUCAGGAACGACUACGAGCAGCUGGCGCAGCAGUGCAAGAGCUUCGCCAAGGACCUGCUGGCGCAGGCGCGCAACUCCCGCGAGCUGGAGGCCAUCCUGAACCACACUGCCAGCGACGAGCCCGUGGACAAGCGCGGCCUCUUGGAGGAGCGCAUGAACCUGAGCCGCCUCAAGCUGGCCAUCAAGUACGACCAGAAGGAGUUCGUGUCGCAGUCCAACUGCCAGCAGUUCCUCAACACGGUGUGGUACGGCGAGGUGUCGGGGUACCGGCGCCGGCACGCCGUGGCCAAGGGCCUCACCGUGCUGGCGCUCGGCCUCGCCUGGCCGGGCCUGGCCCUCGCCUACCUGCUGGGGCCGCGCUCCCGGCUGGGCCGCGUAGCGCACGCCCCCUUCACCAAGUUCGUGGCGCACGGGGCGUCGUACUUCACCUUCCUGCUGCUGCUCAACCACUACUCGCUGGUGUACAACGAGGACAAGAAGAACACGAUGGGACCCGCGCUGGAGCUGGUCGACUACCUCAUCAUCAUGUGGAUGGCCGGGCUGCUGUGGGCCGACGUGAAGAAGCUCUGGUACGAGAGUCUGGACGACUUCAUGGCCGAGUCGCGGAACCAACUCAGCUUCGUCAUGAACUCGCUCUACGUGGCGACGUUCACCCUCAAGGUGGUCGCCAACUGCAAGUUCCACGCCAUCGCCGAGCGCAAGGACUGGGACGCCUUCCACCCCACGCUCGUGGCCGAGGGGCUGUUCGCGUUCGCCAACGUCUUCAGCUACCUGCGGCUCUUCUUCAUGUACACCACCAGCUCCAUGCUGGGGCCCCUGCAGAUCUCGAUGGGGCGCAUGCUGCGCGACUUCGUCAAGUUCCUGGGCAUGUACCUGCUGGUGCUCGUCUCGUUCGCCGUGGGCCUCACCCAGCUCUACGCCAAGUUCCCCGACGAGGGCGCCGACUGCCCGGGCAUCUUCUGCGAGCGGCAGAGCAACGACACCUUUCACUCGUUCCUGGGCGCGUGCUCGGCGCUCUUCUGGUACGUGUUCUCGCUGGCGCACGUGGCGCUGUUCGUGACGCGCGUCUCCACGGCCGACGAGCUGCAGUCGUUCGUGGGGGCGCUCAUCGUGGGCACCUACAACGUCGUGGUGGUCAUCGUCCUCGCCAAGCUGCUCGUCGCCGUGCUGCACAACAGCUUCCAGCUGAUCGCUCAGGACCACGAGGACAAGGAGUGGAAGUUCGCCCGGGCAAAGCUGUGGCUCAGCUACUUUGACGACAAGUGCACGCUGCCGCCCCCGUUCAACCUGCUGCCGCACCCCAAGACGGUGUGCUACGCGCUGGGCGGCCUGCGCAAGCUCGUGCUGUCGCACACCGCCAGCGGCAGGGCCAAGCGCGAGAGCAGCGUCCGCGAGUGGCGCAGCGUGCGUGCGCGCCGUGCCGCCAGCUACCAGAAGGUGAUGUGCUGCCUGGUCCACCGCUACCUCAUGGCGGCGCGGCGCCGCCGGCACACGUCGGAGCAGGCCACGGUGGAGAGCCUGAGCGAGCUGCGUCAGGACCUGGGCAAGUUCCGCAACGAGAUGCGCGACCUGCUGGGCUUCCGCACCGCCAAGUACGCCACCUACCACACCCGCAACUAGGCGGCCGCUCUGCCCCGUCGCUCGCGAACUACAUUAGCUCAAGUAACUACGAAAGAAAUAUUUUAAAAAAUAUUUCACGUUUGUCGAACGAAGCGGAACAACGUGAACGUCCGGAACGAUCCCCAAAUCCGAGACCCAACACAUCGCACCUGCUGACUUUUGGCGGUUCCGUCUCCUCCUCGGUGACGCCGGUGGUGCAACCAUCAACCGCACCAUCAGAACAUCAUCACCGGGCCGAUGCGCACCACGUCUCUUUCAUGAAUGGGACAUUAAGACGCGAGCCACAGUCGUCCAAUUGUCCCGUAAAAAAAGUCCCGUAAAAAAAAAAUCUACAUUCUACGAUUACAGUGGUUCCCUGGUUGAACGUUUUCUCACAUCUCACGUUGGAUUUGGAUCGGUGUUCCCUGAAGAGAAGAGAUAUCGAGGUUUCACUUUCGCCGGCGCAUUCUAUGCUCCGGUGAAUCUCCAGCGCUUGUUGAUUGAGAGCUUGUACUCAACUAGCGGCGCGUCCGGUCCGGUCUGUCGCGCUACUCGUGGCCGCCGACGAUUCCUCCAGGCCAUCGAUGAUUCCGUGUGGCCGUCAAUAAUUCCGCGUGGCUGACUAUCGAUGAUUCUGGAUGCCUGUCGAUGAUUCAGCGUGGCGGUGGAUAAUUACGAGUGGUUGUCGAUGAUUCCGCGUGACUGACUGUCGAUGAUUCUAAAUGGCCGUCGAUGAUUCCACGUGGCCGUCGAUGAUUCCGUGUGGCCGUCGAUGAUUGCUGGCGCAGCGUGAGUGUCCAAAGCGUGCAGGUGAACCGUGCGAUGCCCCCUCUUGGACUCCUCUCCUCAAAUUUAUUUACAUGAUUCGUGGUGGCACAUCUCAGUACGAUACAUACGAUACAUUGUCAAUGCCCUGUGCCGUGCCCAUACUGUGCUUUGUGUAAUUUGAUGUCGUGAUUAUCAGCAUUAAUCAAUAUCAUUUUAGAAAUAAAACUUGAGGGUAACAGAAAAAAAAAACCGACGGUGUCGGAGUCUCUUCGUCUGCCUCCCAGAGGCUGAGUGUUGCUGGGAGAACUGUGUUUGUCAGUCCCGUGGGUUGGCACGCGGUGCUUGACUCACCGGUAACCACCUGCAGAACAACUUACAUUGUGUACGUUGAUUGACUCUGAAUAACCCAACUAAUGAUAGCUACCCAUUGUAAUUGAUAUGACUAGAUUAACCCGCCCCCCCCCCCCCCCCCGCCCUGGUCUUCGCAUCUGCUUGGCUCACAGUGACGACAUCACACUUAUCCCCACCUCUAAUCAAGACCGAACCAGGAGGAGGAUUUCUCCACGACUCUGGCUCUCGCCUGAUGAUGCUGGUGGUGGUUGUUGUUGCUGUUGUAAUUACCUUGCGAAACGUGACGGUACUCGAAUUGUAAAUGUUGUAGUGGGUUUUACCCUCCAGCACACAACCGGGAAGUGCUGAACUAGUAACUAAUCGGCACGUUUCGUUUACGUGACAAACCUUAUGAAUCAGCCUGUGUGUUGGUGGCUGGAUUAACUACGCAUUUAUAUUUACGACAUCUGACCCAAGAAGAAAAAAAACUAUUGUGUAGAACAACUUACGCCUUUUGCCUCCUGACAAAUUAUCAUCUGUUGUUCAUGUACGUGUCGCAACGCGUUCUUCGGGAGCUAUCGGUGCCAGGGUCGAGGGCCCACAGCUGGCCACCACGAGACGGCUUCAGGAGAGAGAUGGAGAGAGAGUUCGUGUCGGUUUUGCUCUUCCUGCUCUUUCGUCGAAGCACAGAACUACAGUGGUUUAAAUAUUUGGUGCAUAAUUUGGGGUUUUCUUGGCCACAAUCGCACUACUGUGGCUUGUCUUAAAUGUAUCUCUAUGGGUCUCUGAUUCUCUAUUAUCUGUGUAUCUCGAUGUAUAUCUAUGGGUCUGUAUGUCUCGAUGGGUCUCUAUGGGCCUCUAUGACUCUGUGGGCCUCUAUGAGUCUCUAUGUAUCUCCACGAGUCUCUAUGCAUCUCUAUGCGUGUAGAUUAUUUUGGCCGCCGCCAUACAUUUCCGCAUGAUGAUGGCAAGCCACGAAGUUGAGCAGAUAUCAUUUGUGGCCGGGUCGCUUCUGGUCAAAGAUAAAGUUGACUUUUAGUCGGUGUGUCUCCAUGGGUUUACAAGACGGUCUAUAGCUUGGGUUGCAUGGCCACAGUUACACGACUGCGGCUCGUGCCUUGAAUGUUCCACUCUUGAAGGAGAUGUGGUGCGCAUCGGCCUGACGGUGAUGUUCUGAUGAUGUGCUUGAUGGUUCCACCACCGGCGUCUUCGAGGAGGAAUGUGAGAGCCAGGAGGUGCGAUGUUUUGGGUGUAUCCUGGACGUUCGCGUUGUUCCGCUUUGUUCAACAAAUGACACCUUAAGACGGAAAAAUAAAAUGUGUUUUUUCUCAGUU